AUGAAGACAGUACAAUCCAUCCUUAGGCAACCAAUAUUUUUCUCGAAGAAAUUAUGGUUUCGUAGUUAUUCUACAAAGCUCCAGGAAGCUCCUUCUUCCUGGAAGGCAAUGCUGAACAUAAAGCACGUAUACGAGCAUGCAAGUGAAAUCCAUCAGAAUUGUAUAGAUCGAAAUAUGCGUAAAGUCGCGGAAACGUUACCAACCAUCAAAAGCUUAUAUGAAGAGCUUGAGAGCGCUCGAAAUCGACUAGCCCCACAAAUUCAUGAGAAGAACAAAAUUACCAAAACAAUCAAAUCUUCUAAAGAUACGGAGCAACGAAAUGCUUUAGUAACUGAAGCAAAAAACAUUAAAGUUGUGAUUGACUCUAUUGAAAAACAUGCUUCUGAUAUUCAGAAAAACCUAUAUCAUCAUUGCCUAAGUCUGCCGAAUUCCACUCUGCCUAGCGUACCUAUAGGGUCUGAAGACAACGCUGUUUGCGUUGCUACAGUAGGAGAAGAAAAAAACAUGAAUGAUCAAACUUUAUGCAUGAAGGAUCAUUUGGAACUUGCUGGCAAUGGCAUCGAUCUGCUUAGUGCUUCUGAAACGAGCGGUCAUGCAUUCUGUUAUACCAAAGGGGAAGUUGCUGAAUUAGAAAUGGCUCUUGUCAAUUAUGCUAUUGAUUUUUCAAAAUCGCGAGGAUGGUCUCUUGUGAUUCCCCCAAGUAUAGUCCGCACUGAUGUUGCUCUUGCUUGUGGGUUUCAACCUCGAGAUGAAAAGGGUGAACAGAUAUAUCAAUUAGAGCAUCAGAACGAAAGCAGCUCACCUAAGCAAUGUCUUAUCGGUACAGCUGAAAUCAGUCUAGCUUCCUUGGGGUAUAAACAAACUUUUCAUGAUCUAAAGGAAAAACGAGUCGUUGGGGUUUCUCGAUCAUAUCGACGAGAAGCAGGUGCUCGUGGCCGAGAUACCAAAGGGUUGUAUAGACUUCACGAAUUUACGAAGGUCGAAUUAUUUGCCUGGACUCACCCAAAUCAAUCUUCGAGGGUAUUCGACGAUAUAAUAAAACUUCAAACCGACUUUUCAAAAAGUUUAGGUCUUUCAGCGAGGGUACUAAAUAUGCCGACUUAUGAACUUGGUGCUCCAGCUGCUCAAAAGUAUGAUAUCGAAGCAUGGAUGCCUUCGCGGGCAAAAUUUGGUGAAAUUUCUUCUACGUCGAACUGCCUAGAAUAUCAAGCACGAAGAUUACUUACAAGAUAUAAAAAUUCGAACGACUCUGGGUUCGUUCACACGCUUAAUGGAACUGCUGCAGCCAUCCCCAGGCUUGUCAUCGCUUUGCUCGAAAAUCAUCAGCAACCUGAUGGAACCGUGGUUUUGCCGCAAUGCCUGAUCCCAUAUUUGAAGAAAGAAAAGCUUUUUGUUUCUGAUGUGAAAUAA